AUGAAUAACCAAGCUAGAACGUCUCGAGCUGAACGCCACGUCCGUCCACACGAGUCUAAUAUAACCGCAAUUCACGAUGUUUCUUCUCCAACUACGGUACCCGCUAUGUCCAUCCCUGCACAGCCAAAACCAGCUCCUGGGCUUUUUAUGUUUGGGCGAUUGGCAUUUUUAGACAACAAGGUUUCUCGCUGUUAUGGCUGUGGAGAAGCAUUAAAACCAGGAGGUUCGAUACCAGAUCCACCUGAUGACCUAGUGGUCACCACCAGAUUGAACAGACUGUAUUAUAAUCAAGACGGCCAACUUCAAACUUCACCAAGAAUUUCAUCCGUGUAUUUUCACCUUAAUCCACAAUGUGUCCGAGCUGCUUGCCCUCUCUUUGCUGUGACAUCUUGUCAGAUUCCGAACGAUUUGGUUUCUUUCCUGUCUUUACAGCAUCAGAAGGCAUUGCUUGAACGCUUUGGUAUCGCUUAUGUCAGUUAG